GUCGAAUUGCUUGAUGUCCUUGAGGAGUACUUCCAACUUAUUGAAUAUGCUCUAGAUAAAUCAAUCAGAUUUAACAUUUCAUUACAACCGCAUAAAGAUGGUGAAUAAAAUUUUCAAUGUAAUAUGUAUUCAACAUUUCACUCAUUUGUAUUACCAAUCACUUCAUAUGUGACUGUUAUCAAUUAAUUAUUAGCACCUAUUACAUUAAACAAUAUGAUCAUUUUACAAAUUUAUGUGCAUUUACUUAAAUUAUCAUCAUUAUCACUAAUCUUCAUUUUACUAGUAUCUUCUACUAAUUUAUCUUAUCCUACAAAUUCUGUUAAAAGUUUAUUGCCUAGACAAAAUAUCAUUUCUCCAGAAGAUCACUUAACUGAAAUUAUUUCUAAUAAUUCUAUAAAUUAUAGUUGUGAUUUUAAUCAACUACAGUUUUGUUCAUAUGAGCAUUCAUCUGAUUGGAGUUUUCAGUUAAGUUUAACAGAAUUUGCUUUAAAAAUGAAAGAGGCAGCUGAAACAGCUGCUAAAGUUGUUCAAAAUUUUCAAGAAAAAUUGUCACAAAACAAUAAUACCAACAAUACUACAAGAAUCCAGGCUAAAAUAUCAUCAAAUCAAUAUGGGAAUUUCCCAUCUAUUAUUAUUCCAACAAUCAAUUAUUUCCCAUGUUCCACUAAUCAUAAUCAAUAUUCCUAUAUAAAAUUACCAAUUCAUUGGCCUAAAUAUUUUAUAACACAUCAACCAAUUAUACCAAUUGAUGUAACAAUAUCUAAUUUAAGUCAAUCAUCAUCUACUAUGAUUACAUCAUCACAAUUAUCCAGACAAAAACGAUCCAUUAUUUAUCAUCAUCCAAUAAAUCAAUCAUCAAAUCAAUCUAUUCCAUUGAAACAAUUAUUAUAUAGAUUUUCUAAAUUAUAUCCAAUAGCUUGUUUACAAUUGAAAAUACAAUUUCUAUCUAAUAAUAAGGAGGAUAAUGAUAAUAGAUUAGGUAGUCAAAUUGUUUUAAGUUUAGGUUCAAAUAAACAAACAAUUCGAAAUGUGUUCAAUAUUGAAAAAUCAUAUGCAAAUGCAUAUCAUGAAGAUUACAAUGAUGAUGAUGAUCAUCUUAGGGAAAAUAGUGAGACAUCAUCACAUACUUCAUCUCCUCCUCUAUCAAGUAAAUCAUUUAGAAUUGAUUGGUCAAUAUUACGUCAAGAAAUAUCUGAUUUAAAAAAUAAUACAUUACCAUAUCAUGUAUGGAUUAAUGUUUCAAUGCCUAUCUAUCCUACCACUAUCACUACUACUACUACUACUACUACUACUGAUCUUAAUACACUCUAUAAUCAAACUAAUCAUCAUUAUAAUGAAUAUGUAAAUCCUUCCAAACUUUAUGAGACCAUCUUAGAACAAUCUGAUCAUUGGAUUGCUAUAGAUUCUAUACAAUUAUUAUCUAUAUACAGUACAAAUAAUGUAUGCAUUGAUGAUAUCCUAUUGUAUACACAUCAAAAUAGACAAUUCUUAAAAUCAACAUGUCAGAAUAAAUUAAUUUGGAUUAGUAAUAAUAAACAAUCGAAUCAUUCUAGACAAAUUUUAUAUCUUAAUUCAAAUGGUUAUCCAAUAUUAUUGAAUAGAACUAAUUCAUCAUCAUUAUCUAGUCAAUCAAAUCAUCAUCAUCAUCAUAAGAAGAAAGAUAGAAAUAAUUUUAUUCUACAAUCUUUUAAAUCAAUCUAUUCAAAGAAAUAUUCAUUCUAUCGUAGUGUACAUAUGAUAUGGAUAGCUGGUUCAUUAUUAUUAGCAGUAUUUAUUACAUUUUUAGCUAUUUUAUUUAUUAUUACAUUUAGUUUAUCCGUUAUGUGUAAUCAACGUAAAACUGUCAACACUAUUCAUUUGAGUACUACUAAUUCAACUACUGAAAAUAAUAUAAGUAGUCGAAAUGAAAAAUGUAAAAAUAAUAUGCCAUUAUUGUAUGAACCACAUAAUCGUCGAAAAUUCUAUUUAAAUCAUUAUAAUAAAGAGAAUUGUAAUAAUGAAUUAUUAAGAAUUUUAUCAAAUAAUUUACCGAAUAAUUCAUUUUUAAUAGAUUUACAUAAUCAUUUAUCUUCAUCAUCAUCAUCAUCAUUACAUGGUUUAUUAAAUCAUCAUCAAAAUGAAGGAAAACAACAAAAUAAUUCACAACAGAUUAUUAUUACAUCAACAACACAUCAACAAUUUGUAGAUGAUAAUUCAACGGAACUUAGUUUAUGUAUGCAAGAUGAUAAAAAUGAAUUUCUUCGUUCAAUUGAUAGAAAAAUUGUUGACAAUUCAGAUGUAUCUACAACAAGUGCUAUACAAUUAUUACGUAAUUGGAAUUUUUAUAAACAACGUAGUACAUCAUCUUAUGGUUAUUAUUCUUCACCAUUUAGUUCUUCAUCUAACAAUAAUAAUAAUAAUAAUAAUAAUCCUAUAAAACAAUCCAAUGUAAAACAUAAUACAUCAAUGUUAUUAUAUACGGAUCAUCACCACCAUCAUCAUCAGGAUCAUCCAUUAUUUGGAAAAGGUUAUGCUCAUUCUAAUAUAAUUGCCAGUAAUCCUAAUACAUCAAAUUUCAAUGAUAAAUUAGAAGAGAAUGUUAUGUAUCGAUGUCAAUCAAGAAAUGAUACACCGAAUUUACAUACAAUAUCAAAUAUACGUCAAUCUUUAAUAUUAUCCAUUAAUGAUAAGAAUGAAUUCAUUCUAUUACCAUUAUCGAAUUCUAUGAAUCCAAAUGAAUCAAAUCAAAUAUCAUCAACCAUUAAUAAUAAUAGUAGUACAUUAGGUAUGUUAAAUAGUUUAUCUGAAGAAGAUGCUGAAGCAACACGUUUAGAAAUGGCAGCUUCUGUUGGUGCAUUAGAUCAACAAUAUUUACAACAACAUAAUAAUAAUGAUAAUACAUUAGAUCAUUUAGAUUAUACUUUAUCAUCAUUUAUUAGAAAUGAUGAUGAAAGACCACCACCUAGUUAUCAUGAUUCAUCAUCUUAGAAAUUAAAUUAUUUAUUUCUUCAUGAAUUUCGCAUUUCUAAUUGAUUGUUUCCCUCCCCCCUUUUUGUUUUCUAUUCGAAAAAUGAAUUUCUUUAAUAAUCUUUUAGUGAUCACACUGUUUUUUUUUUUUGGUGGUAGGGAAAUGGGAGAGAUAAUGGGACCAAAAUAUUUUCCUCUACCUAUCCUAUCCCUUUUAUCUUGAUUAAUUCAUUACUUACUUUUAUAGACUUCUCCUUGAUUAACUUUGAACUUGUUUAUAAUUGAGGACAUGAUUGACAAAUAUGUAACAGAAGUGAAUCAUCUAAUCUCUAGAUCGAAUCCUUUGCAUUAUUAUCAUCAUCCGAUUAGUAUUGAAAUAUUCUUAAGAUAAACAGUUCAUUUGACAAAUUCACUUUAUGUGAUACAUAAAUCACUUCAUAUUUCUAUUUCCUUCUUUAUAUUAUUAUACUUUUGUCAAUGAGAAUAGCUGGAUUUUCUUUUUUAAUGCAUAAAAAGUGAUUAGGAUUUUACAAUUUUGUUGUGGUUUUUUUUAUUAUUUAUUAUUAUUAUGACUAUGUGAUGUAAUUAUCCUUUUUUUUGUAAAGAAUUUUUUCCCUGUUCACUAAGAAUAGUCAAAUUUUUUUUUAUCGUCCUAGAUACUAAAUCCAUAAAUUGUAUGCACCCACAGACAUAUAUAUAUAUAUACACACACACACACACACAAUCUCUUGACGCCAUUUGGUUUCUAUCGUCUAUUAUCUCUCUCUCUCUCUGUGUAUUUGUCCUACUAGUAAUGUUCCUAUUAUAUAAAGUGUUCUUGUUACUGAAUUACACAUUUUGUUACUUGAUUUAUACUGCUUUUUCGCUUAGGUAGAACAAUGUUUUUUUAUUUAAAUUGAAGUAAUAUAAAUAUCGAAUGUAAUUUUAGCUAAUCCAACCGCAUACAUAGUUGCUUACCAGACCCUGUGACUUCACUUUUAUGACAUCAGUGGUGGUGGUGAUGGUGGUGUCGUCGUGAGGGUGUGUGCAUGGAUUAUAUUUUAAAAUUUGUUUACUUUAUUUCUAUUUAUCUACACUUUUUUUUUUCGAGAACAAAAAAUUAUCUAUUUACAACAAAAAUAUUGAUAGAAUUCAAUAAUUUAAUUUAUUCAACGCCCCCCCCGCCCGCUUUUUUAAAACAAACAUCGAAAUGCUUGAACCUUCAAUGGAUUAGGUAAAUAAUUGUUGUUGUUUAUUUAUUGUUUGGAAUUUUGUUUCAUUUCUAUUUGUAAAUAACAAUAAUAUUAUAUAAUCCAGUCAAACAAUCAGAAUAAAACGGUUUGUUUUUUUUUUAAAUAUGUGUUUGGAUGUAAUUUAAGGCGCCCUUAAAUGCCUCGGUUCGGCCGAGAGUAAGGAGAAUCCACUCUCCCUUUUCAAAUGCUCUCAUAUGGCUAAGCAUACACAGCCACUGUCAGAGAAGUUCUACUCAUUGCCUUCUUGCCACUAGGGUGUUGUUUACGAAAUUGAGAGGAUGAAAAGCGAAUAUUCGGUGAUUUAACCGGGUUGAUGGACACGGCGGAUACACUUAGGGGAGUUACGAAAUUCUGAUUCCAGACCAAUGGUGCACAUAGGUUUCAGUAUCCUGAAGGAACAAAUGGUGUACGAACCAAUUAUUGGUCACCGGCUAGCAUAGGAUUGCAUCUCCUAACGUUGCUCCACUGUCUUAUGGACUAGACGUUUAGGUCGAAGACUCCAGGUAUGGUCGCCUAAGAAAACCACCUGGUUCGGUCUAGGCACCUAUGGAGUAUCUCAGCCGUCACACAAAUUGAAUUAUUUAUUUAUCUAUUUGGUGCGUCGUUGUGUUGAAAUAAAUAGAAUAAAUAAGAGAUAAUUCCAGGUAAUAUAGUUAAACUUUAUUGAAUAACUCUAUCGUACAGUUUACUAUUAUACUGUGAAAUUGGUAUAGUAUAAGGGUUUAACUAGUUAUUGGACGACAUUUGAGCGAAGCUGAGGUGAACUUGACAGUGUCUACAUAAUACCUACGAUGAAAUGAAGCUCAUAAACCAAUGUAAGGAAUUAGAAAUAUAAUUUACGGUUGUUGAUUAGGGUUCGGAAAUAGAUUUUGGGUUUUUCAUUACGAACGAAUAUCAGCUAUAAUGCCAAAACUUUAUUUAACCAAAUGGAUGAGUGAAUUUCACGUCAAAAUCCAAGACCUGUCAUCUUAAAUCUGAUUAAUUGGUUCAUAAAUUAUAGUCUAGCCUCUAUGCUCCUCUGCAGAUGUAGGUAUACCUCUUACCUCCAUUAUUGUAAAUCAAUAAUCAAACUGUUUCAUUAUGAACGUAUUGAAUAGUAAGCAAUCUUUUUUUUCCAUAUAAAAUCAAAUAUACUCUAAUUUCAGGAUAUAGGAAUUGGUUAACAAAUUUUUCAGAAUGUAAGUAUAGAUUAUUCUGAAAGUUCUUUAGGUAUUUUGUUGAUUGCCUUUAAUAGUUACUUAUCACAAUUCAAUCACAGUAGAAAGAACAGUCUACACAAUUCACUGCAUUAAUUACACUAUAAUAGUUGUAAACAUAGAAUAAAACGAAAGUACUGCUAGUGUUGAAACAAUUUGAUAUUUUCAAACUGAAUAAAUUCGCACAAAUCACAUAAUCAAACAGAAAUCCAAUGCUCAUAAUUAAUUAGCCUUGAUGUUAUUUUCAAAGUAUCGAUGAUUCUUAAUUAAUUAACCUCAAUCGGAUUGAAAGUGAAAAAGACAUCACGAACACAAGUGAGUGAGUACAUAUUGCAUAGGCAGGAUUUUGGGAAUAUGGCUGAAUGGAUUCUUGUUAAGUAAUCCAAGCACAACGUCAUCUCUAAUACAUAUAUGAUGUUUCUGAACUCGAUUCGAGGUUUUCAGUGUGGAUACAAUAAAUGUCAUAUAAACUAUUUUCCGAAAAAUACAACUCUUCAUGAUUCAUCAGGUAAUUGGCAGUAAUGAUACUGUUAUAUCCAGAAGGUUGUUCUUGAUAUACCGCGUAUAACGUGAGUAACAGAACGCCAAAACCCUUCCAACUCGCGAUGAGAAGACAGAAGAAUAAUGAAACGAACAAUAUUCCCAGAAAGUGUAAAUUAUGUUACAAAAUUGUAGGUUAUUUGUAGUUUUUAGUAAGUCAUUAUCAUUAAUAUUGUCAAAUGGUGAAGCUCCAUAAAGAAAUUCUACAACAUUCUUCUAAAACCUGAUUCCAUGGAAUAUCUUCGGCUCCUUUUGAGCCUCCUAAAGCUACAUCGAGUCCAAACGUGGUGCGUCCACACAGAUGAUAACCAAGGUGGAGUGAGGUCGGAAACUGUAAGUAUAUACAUACAUAAAAUAACAAUAAUUCACCUCAAACUCACCAACACCAAUCAACAAAAUCAUACAUACAAUAACACCACAGCAACACUGCACCACUAUCAUUCACAAUACUCACACAACAACACUACACAAUAUCCAUCAAUUAUACACACUAAUCUACCACACCCUUACCAAACAACUCACAGAUACACAACACAGACAAAACUGUGUGGUGAUGCACAAAAUCAUUCACAGUGCAUCAACAACUAAUUCAAUCUACCUCUGGUUCUUACGCCCAGUGACUGAAGUACAUCCAGGCGCCUUUGCACACAGGACACAGCACACCACCAUCAAUAUCCAAUAACCACCACACGUCAAUCUAACAACCGAUCUAUACAUCUAUCCACCUAUCCACUUAUCAAUCAAUCAAUCAAUCUAUCUAUCUAUCUAUCUAUUUAUCUAGCUAGCUAGCUAGCUAUCAAACUACCAACACUUGGUCCAAACACCCAUUCAUUCAAUCAUUUCAAAUCACAAACACUUCUUUCAUACACACCAACAUAUAUUGUCACGUACUACAACACCAACAAUAUACACACGUCAAAAAACAAUGCAUUCAAUUCUCUAUCACUAAUCUAUUACAACAACAAAAUACACUAGCACCAUACGCAUCG